AUGGUUUUUUUUCUCAGCUUGUGUCACGAUGUGUCACUUGGUGCUGUCCAGCUGGAUCUGAAAGACUACGAAAGUCACGUGAUCCGCCCUUUCUUUUCAGUUGAUAAUACGCAAGGAUCAUCUGAUGAGGGGGUCGCUGCACUUCAGAAAAAAAUUAUCGAAGUUUUGAAGAAAGAACCAUAUAUGGGGGAGGAGAUACCCCUAAGGUACACUUAUUUUCAGUCCAAAGUAAUACAAAGUAAACUUAAUUUUCUUCCUAGUUUACACUCUUUUUUUUUUCUAAGAACCUUUUUUCAUAAGAACGUUUAGCCUGAAAUUUGCCAAAAUAUUAAGAAUAUGCUAAGAACAUACCGGCUCAGAGAAGAACAAUUUGUUUUUUACUGCUUUUACUUUCCUAAAUCCAGAAAAUCGGAACACUUUCAUAAUUUCCUACAUGGAAUCAGAGUGCAUGUAAAAUUAUGUUCUUUCAUCACAUUCUUAUUGUGUAUGGUCAAUAACACAUUUGCACUGUACUUGUUCAAUCCAUUAAUGUGAAAAAUAUAAUCACUGUCUUUAGAAAAGUGUCACUAGCACAAUUUCCGUUAUUGAAAUUUAAGAAAAUCUGUAACAACAUUUCCAGGCUGAAACUGCCUAGAAAAUAAAAACGGUCCAAACUCGAAAAAUGGACGUUCUUAUUAAAAAAAAAGAGUGUAUUAAAGCUAAUGGUUAAUUUAACUAAAAAGUAGGGUGAUACAAGCGUACUGAUUACAGUGUUAGAGCGGCUAUUAUUGGUUGGUCGUGGUUUGAAACCCCUGUUUAAAGAAACUUUCUUGCUGCUGUUGCGGCCUUCUUAAGAAUGAUGAACCCGCUUUUGAGCUGCCUGUGUGUGGAUCAUGCUUAACGUUGCCUGUUGACCCAAGGCGGACACUAAAAAUAUUUGUGUCCGUUUUUGUAUAAACCCUUUAAAAGCUCCAAAAUAACGAAUCAGUAAUUUCUGUGUCAUUUAGAAAGUCUAAAUACUUUUUUCAUAUAAAUACGUUUCAUACUUAUUAGUGCAGUGGCACAAUUGCUUCAACUUUGAAAGAACUGCGAAAAAAGGUUCAAAUUAAAUUUUGAUAUUUGUUUUUCAGGUGGUUCAACUUCGAGAAGGUUGUACAAGCUUUGGCUGCUGAAAAUGUACAUUACUUGAAACUUGAUCAACUUAAAGGCAUCAUCCGGAAAUUUUGCUUCAUUGAAAAUGAGGAUGACGUCGUCGCUUUGUUGGAUUACUAUCAUGACAUCGGAAAGAUUGUCCGGCACCACAACACAGUCGUACUUCGGGCCAAAUGGCUGAUUGACAUCUUCAAAAAGCUUGUAACCAUUUGUCCCUUUGAUGAUUCGGUAAGAACAAAAUGUCAAGUGCAUGUAAUACUGUUAGGUGAACCCCCUAGCUAACCGUUUGGCCCUGUCUGAUUUCAUGUGACUACAGAGUUAUGGUCUGAGUUCAGGUACAGGGAAGGAUUAGGGCUGAGAUGGCUUUAGCUGCCCCUCUCACACCCUAACAUAUUUACAAGAAAUAACCUUUUUUUAAUUUUGGCAAAGGUAGGAUUGAGAUUCGAAAUUAAAUCGAUUCUUGACCUGCACACACAUUUCAAGCUAACUGAGCUUUCAAUACACCCACUUUUCAUCUUGCCACCUUAUAGUAGAAAAGAAACUUUUUACCAAAGGAGAAAAGAAUAAACUCCUUAUAACGUAUUCCUCAAGGGGAGACAUUGUAAGAAACGAAAUCAGCUCUACAGCAAACAAAACGAUACAAAACAAUAUUGCCUUUUGACACGCAGUACAGUCCAUCUAUGCUCAACCCCCAUCAAGCUGUUAUGAAAAACUAGUUCGCUCAAAAAAUCCUCAAGAAAUCUCCUCUAAUAUCCUAGGGAAGAACGGAUUGUUAAAAGACAUUCUUGUUAAAGCAAAACUAAAAAGCAGUGGUCUCGACUGUUGUGCUGGCACCAGAGGCAUCGCUGCCCUCCCUCUUUCAACAAACUUCUUAAAACUUUUCUUCCAGUGUAUAUUAGAAUAGUAAUUCUUUCUUGUAGAGUAAAGUCCUUUUUUGGGGGUCUGAGAUGGUUUAUCGGGCAAAGUAUUCUUUUGACGAAGAACCACAAAAAUAGAUAAGGAUGCUUCGUGGAGUUUUUAAUAGGUGUGAAAUGUAGUAGCCUAUCUAAAACCAAACAGUGAAUGAACAACCCGUGGAAGCCACGCUUUAAGUUGUAGUUCCUAGGGCACUGAGAAAAUUUUCUCCCUUCACACGAACAAUCAAUGAAUGGAACUCCCUUCCCGUGGAUAUUGUAAAUACCACCUCUGUAGAUAGUUUUAAAUCUAAGUUAAUAGGUUUUAAUAUUCCAGUGUAUUAGGUUUAUUCAGUUUUCAUUAUCUUAGUGCAUAAUUUAUUAUGUUUCUUUUGUCAUUCAGUUGGUGUGAUAUCUCGUGAUUUUACCGACUGGUAGAAUUGUAGAUGUAGGUUCUUGAAGAAAUUCAUCAGGCUAGUGAAGUUAAACAGUCGAUUUAAAUGUUCUUAAAAGCCUUAAAUAGGCUUCUGAAACACCUUCAGAAGCGUAUUUAAGGCCUGUGACACUUUUAAUGUUUUUCAAGUUUUGAUAAAGAUGGCUGACAGUCAUCGAAACUGUCAGCAUCAAUAAGACGUUAAGACUGGCUAUGUUUUAAGAACAUUUAAAUCGACUGUAGAUGAAGAUGUAGAUACAGAUCAGCCGGGUGCUGUUCGUUUUUUUAGGAACCAAGUCAUUCCAAGUUGUGGAAACAAAUGGAGAAAACAGGUGUCCUCGAUAUGGAGCUUGUUAAUCACGUGUUUUGCAAUGAGUUUCAUCAGCACAAGGAUGAUAUUUUGGACAUGAUGGAGCAGUUUGGACUGAUCGUCAAGUUUACCAAAUCUCCAGGAAAAGACAUUUACCUUGUUCCCUGUCAACUUCGAACACCUCCUGACGCCCUGGGUAAAAUUGAGCCUUUUCCUUCAGAUCCUUGUACAUUAUACCUUCGUUUUCUCGGAAGUUUUGUUCCUUAUGGUUUUUUUUCUCAGCUUGUGUCACGAUGUGUCACUUGGUGCUGUCCAGCUGGAUCUGAACUGCCUAACUUGUACGAUGGAGCAUCUCGAUUCUUCAUCGGAAAGGAACAAAAUCACCAGUUGAUCCUUGUAUGCAAGAAACGAUUUAUCACGAUCAUUUUGAAUGAAAUACAGCGAGAUGAUUGGCCAUGUGAUGGUGGGGCGAAAGUGCAAGACGUGGCUAUCAAAGUGCGAACAUUUCUGGAACACACAAUGCAAACUAUGUCACACGAGCUGUCUGGGUUUAAAAACUUGGCUUAUGAAUUGUGUGUUGAAUGUCCGUUUUGCCAGGAGAAGCAAAAAAAAUGUGACUAUCAUGGCCAGUUUCUUUGCCCCAACGAGUACUGUAUGUGCCUUCUGAAAGUUACCGCAGAUGGGCCAUUUAAAAACUGCACUAAGAGCUUUGUCUGUGUGAAACCGAAACUUGCUCAGCUCCAAAGAUGGUUCCCUGUCAAAGGUGAGGCUGACAUGAUACAACAACAACAUUAA